AUGGACUACGUAAAAUGGGCACGUGGCCAGGAAGGCCAAGAAUCCCGAGUGACGUGUUGGUCAAGCUAUCCGUUUUUGAUGAAUGCAGCUGCUAAAGGCGAGCUGCUGUACGUUGAGGCGGUUAUAUCAAUGCAGGUACUGUAG